CUUCAUAUUACAAAAAAUGUUGUCGAUUUUCAACAAAUCCACGUUCAAAAUAGGAUUAAAUAUCAGUUGAAACAAACUUCAAAGAAGAUUUGUAUAAUUUUAUAAACUUGAAAGGCCUAAAUGUAAAUAAACUAAACUUAAAGUAAGGAACCAAACGAGGGUGGUAGGUGCAACUUUUUCCUAUAACAUAAAAUAUAUGAGUAAAGCUAUAAACAUCAUUGAUUGAAUUUCAGUUGAAUAUUUAAUAUAACUCAAUCUUCAAGACAGAUUUCUGUAAUUCUUUAAAUUUGAUGGGGUCUAAAUGUAAUUACACAUAACUUAAUCAUCGAUGGUCAUAGUACCUCCUCUUCAUCAACUGAAAGCUCCGCAUUUUUUUUAAUAUGUGCGGGAAAAACAGAUUAACACAGCUUUUCUCUCUCUCUCUCUCUCUCUCUCUCUCUCUCUCUCUCUCUCUCUUCAACCUAGGAAAUGGAUAACCUUAUCCUCUGAAAAUCUUUUAUUACAUCAGAUUUCUGUGUCCUAAAAAAUUUCAUAUUGUGUAAUCUACAUGUAAUAAACCUGUAAAAUGGAAGCCAUCAAUCUUCUGCACCACUUAAACUUCAGCCCACCAACUGCCACAGCUAAAUUCAACCUGCAAAGUGUUCUUGAAACUCCAUAUUCUAAAACUUCUUCGUAUCGCAGCUCUAACCCAAUCACUUCACUCAAAUCAAGACAUGCCCAGAUCAUUAAAAUCCCCGAAAACAGCGCAGAUUCAGACGUAAAGGUCCAAUCUUUGAUCACGUCUUAUUUCGAACUCGGCGAUUUCCAAUCCGCCACUAAGGUUUUCUUCAUGGGUUCCCCACAGAGAACCUACCUGCACUGGAAUUCUUUCUUGGAGGAUUUCACCACUUACGGUGGAGGAAACCCUCGUGAAAUUCUUGAAAUUUUUGCCGGACUACACAAUAUGGGAGUGACUUUCGGAAGUGAAACGAUGGCCACAGUUCUUAAACUCUCAGCCAAUCUAAGUGAUUCGUUACUAGGUUUGGAGAUUCACGUCUGUUUGAUCAAGAAAGGCUUCGAUCAUGACAUGCACUCGAAAUGCGCAUUGAUGAACUUCUACGGGAGAUGUUGGGAUUUAGAAACUGCUAACAAGGUGUUCGACGAAAGUUCAGAUCGUAGUAGUUCUCUAUUGUGGAAUGAAGCUGUUUUGGUAGCUUUGAGGAACGAAGGUUGGUCAGAUGGUCUACAACGUUUUCGACAAAUGAACUUUUCAUCGGUAAAAGCUAGCAAUACUUUCGUUAUCGCCAAGGUUCUAGAAGCCUGUGGGAAAGUGGAAGCUCUUGAUCAAGGGAAGCAGAUACACGGUUACGUAAUACGAAACGCCAUGGAGUCGAAUUUACUGAUAUCCAACUCACUGAUCAACAUGUACCUGAAAAAUGGCUUUCUUGAACUGGCAAGAGCAAUCUUUGAUUUGAUGGAAAAUCGAAACUUAUCUACGUAUAACUCGAUUAUUUCGGGUUAUGCAUCGUUUGGCUAUCUAGAAGAUGCAUGGUUACUAAUGAAUGAAAUGGGAAAUUGUAAUUUGAAACCAGAUAUUGUUACCUGGAAUAGCCUUCUAUCGGGUAAUCUCCACCGUGGAUUGUAUCACGAAGUACUUGUGUUGUUUCAGCAGAUGCAAAAUGCAGGUUUUGAGCCGAACACGAGAUCUGUGACAACUGUUCUUCAGGCAAUAAGUGAAUUGUUUUGUCUGAAUCUCGGAAAGUCGGUUCAUUGCUAUGUUGUAAGAAGAGGGCUUGUCUCAAAUCUACAUGUAGGAACUUCAUUACUAGACAUGUAUGUGAAGAACUAUGAUUUAAAGAGUGCUAAAUCUGUUUUCGAUGAUAUCAAGGAGAGUAACAUCUUUGCUUGGAACUCGAUGAUUUCUGGAUAUUCGUAUAACGGAGAUAUGGAAAAUGCUUCGAUUCUUUUUAAUCAAAUGAGGAUAGAGGGAAUUGAACCUGAUCUAGUGACAUACAACAGCAUGGUUUCUGGCUAUUCGAUGAUUGGACGAAUAAACGAAGCCUUAGCCACGAUUAGGCAAAUCAAGAACUCGGGAUUGAACCCUAAUGUGGUCUCGUGGACAGCUCUUAUAUCGGGCAGUUCUCAGAAUGGAUACCAUAGAAACGCACUCGAGUUUUGCUACGAGAUGCAGAAAGAAGGUAUAAAGCCGAACUCGAACACUACUGCAAGCUUGUUCAGAGCCUGCGCAGGCUUAUCUUUGUUGCAGAAAGGGAAAGAAGUGCACUGCAUUAGUAUUAAAAAGGAUUACACAGAAGAUGCGUUUGUGUGCACAGCACUUAUCGACAUGUAUGGAAAGUGUGGGGAUUUAAAGAGUGCUUACAGAGUUUUCCAGAGGGCCCACACGCGAACCUUGGCUUCUUGGAACUCCAUGAUAAUAGGGUUUUCGACAUAUGGCCGAGGGAACGAUGCCAUUUCUCUGUUUCAUAGGAUGAAAGAAGAGAAAAUGCAGCCAGAUGCCAUAACCAUGACAGCUGUCUUGUCUGGGUGCAGAAACUCCGGUCUGGUUGAUGAAGGGUGGAGAUUAUUCGACAACAUGGAGACGGAAUUCAAGAUAAAUCCGACAAUUCAACACUAUUCUUGCAUGGUUGAUCUUCUUGGAAGAGCUGGAUAUCUAGACGAAGCAUGGGAUUUCAUCGAGCAAAUGCCGACAGAGCCCGAUUCUGCAAUAUGGGGAGCUGUGCUUCGAUCGUGUCAAAUCCAUGAUAAUAUCCCGCUAGGGGAGAUUGCUGCAAAACAACUCUUCAGAAAAGAACCACAUAAUCCAGCUAACUAUAUCAUGCUAAUGAACAUAUACGCUGCUUCAAAGAGAUGGGAUGAUGUGGAUAAGGUCAAAGAUUUGAUGGAUCGAAGGUCUGUGAAAUUAGGACAUGUCUGGAGCUGGACUGAGAUCAACAAGAUAGUUUACGUCUUCUCUGCAAUGGGGGACCCACGUUUAGAUGCAGAGAUUUAUUUUCAACUGUAUAAACUGAUGUCCGAGAUUAAGGAUAAGGGAUACGAACCGGAUACUACAUGUGUUCACCAGAACGUUGAUGAGGAGGAGAAGGAGAAGGCACUGCUUUCUCACACUGAAAAGAUGGCAAUUGCUUAUAGCCUGAUCAAGACAAAAGGAAAUACCCCGAUUAGGGUGAUUAAGAAUACCAGAACCUGUGCAGACUGUCACACGUUUGCAAAGUAUAUUUCCUUAGUGAGACGGCGGCAUAUCAUCCUCAAAGACGGCAUUCGUUUUCACCACUUUGUGGAAGGCAAAUGUUCCUGCAACGAUUUCUGGUAAUGAAGCAUGUUCAGCAUUUCUCAGACACAUUUCUGAAACAGGGUUCCUACUAAAGAUGUAAAUAAUUCGAGCCUCUGGGACAGGUAAUAUAUUGAUUGGUUACAGAUUGAACAAUACAUGUAAAGAAAAUAUCUGAAACGAUUGUCUCACAUCAGCCACAAGAUUAGCACACUGAAUAGCAUAUCUGCUUCUUUUUCUUUUCAAAUGAAAAAUCAUUUAGCUUCAACUCGAACUAGAUAUACAGAGAUUUCACAAGGAAAGAACAUAAAAAGAAAAUUUCACAAUCUCAACAAGAAGAUAUGCAACGGCAGUAAAGUUUGAGGUUCUUUUAUACAAAACGAUGAGCAAUGCUCAAAAUACAAUUCAUCUUGUCAAAAAAGAACAUUACUAACAACAAAGAGCUUACAUUGAGGAGAUUAAAAAAA